AUGUCCUCUGAAAAGGACUUGGAUCCUGGUUUUGAAGAUGAGGAAGACUACUAUGGGAACCUAGACCAACUGCGAAACCUGAUCGAUGCUCCAAAUGGUGAGGAACAAGUGGUUGAGUAUUCAGAUCAGGAAUCCCGUAACGAUCACGAAAUGAUUGACGACGAGCUGGCAAACGAAGAAGACUUACAAACUCCUGAAGAUUCGGAGGGCGACGAACAACAGCGGUAUGAGGAAGAGAAUCUACUGGCAGAGUUCUCCGAUUACGGAGAGUACUCAGAUGACGAGUACGACGAACAGGACUUCAUGGACGCCAUCAGGGAAGCAAACAACUUCAAAGUCAAGCGAAAAAACAAAUCUAAACGUAAAACUAAUAACGCAGCUCAGGGAAGACCGCGUAGAGAUAGAAGUCUGGACCCUGAAGUGGCCCAGUUACUAUCUGAAGCCAAUGAAGCCUUUGUGCGAAAUGAUACUCAAGUUGCCGAGCAAUUGUACAACCAAGUUAUUAGAAAAGAUGCUAAAAACUUUGCCGCCUACAAGACAUUAGGUGACAUUUAUCAAAUACAGGGCCGAUUCAACGAUUGCUGUAAUUCAUGGUUUUUAGCAGCUCAUUUGAACCCUUCAGACUGGGGUUUUUGGAAGGUUGUUGCUACUCUAUCUUCAGACUUGGGCCACGUUCGCCAAGCAAUCUAUUGUUACACAAGAGCACUGCGAAUGAACAAUGAGGAAUGGGACUGUGUGUAUGGAAGAGCUAUGCUUUACAAAAGCACCGGACAGUUGGGUAGAGCUCUGGAAGGGUUCCAAAGACUCUACAAUCACUCUCCAACAGACGGAAACCUCCUAAGGGAAUUGGCAGUCCUUUACGUCGACUACAAUCGGAUUAAUGAAGCAAUCAAUUUAUACAUAAAGGUGUUCGACGCAAACGUGGAAAAGCGGAAGGCCAUAAUUUCAGCUGCAGAGGAUGCAGUGGAGUCAUCGGAAGAAAGUAGCGGCGAGUUCAAUGACGACUCAAGACCUGAGAUCGACGAAGACAGCGAGGAUUUCAAAAAAUAUCCUAACAUAAAGUGGCGCAGGAUUAAUAAGAAGUACCGCUGCAUAGAUUUCGACUGGUCUUCACUGAACAUUUUAGCAGAGUUGUUUCUGAAGCAAUCGGGCGAAAACGCGGGUAUAAAAAUCAUCAAGCGAUGCGCAAGAUGGAUUCAAAGGAGAGAAAAUCAAACUUUUUGGGACAGUGUCAGUGACGACUCAGAAUUUGACGAGAGAAGAUUUAAAAACAGCAGGUACGAAUCAUUACCUCAAGCUGAAAAAGAGAAGCCUUUUGUUCUUCCGAUCGAUAUUAGAGUACGAUUGGGUCUUCUAAGGCUCAGUGGCAAACAUGUCUUGGAAGCAGUGAAUCAUUUUCAGGCCCUCUACGAUGAAAGCUUUGUGGAUAUCACGGAUCUGUACUUUGAGGUGGCCUGCGCUUUGACCAAAGCCGAGAAAUAUCCCGAAGCAAUAGAAUUUUUUACCCCCUUGCUGCAGAUCAGCGACUUCUGUACCGUGGAUGUUUAUAAUCCUCUCAGUAGGUGCUACAAGGAAGUUGAGGACUAUCGGAAUGCCAAAAUUAUGUUUGAAAAGCUGGUUGAGCUGAACCCAGAUGACCUCGAAACUAAGCUGACGCUGGCUGAAAUCCACUACCAUCUAGAUGACCAGGACACAUUUAAUGCACUUUUGUUGGAGGUAUUAGAGGCUAGGAAACAGCAGGACGCGGAUGCCCAAAAAAUUUUGUCUUCGGUAGACAAUGAGUCGCUUCAAGAUUCGGUUGAUGCGGUAGCUGCUGAUUUCGGGAAACCUCUCUUAGAAGACACUCAUAUGAAAAAGCCAGCAGUAAAGAAGAAGCGCACACCACAAGAUACAGAGCGUGAGAGGAGAGACCGCGAGAAACGAAUUACCACUAAAGUUCUGGAUAAAUACAACAAACUGAAAAUUUAUCAAGAAGGUAUGGAAAAGGGAAACGAAUAUCAAACCACACUGUGGAUAGACACUGCGUCGGAUCUGAUCGAUGUCUUUUCGAGCGUAAAGAACUUUUUUGUCAAGAGUCGUUCCAAGAAAUUUGUGGGGAUCAUUAAGAGGACUCGCAAGUACAAUAAAGUAAUAGAUUACAAGAUCAAACGUCUAUCGAAGCUUUCGGAGGGGGACAAUCUGCUGGACGGCUUACCACUGCUAGAGGAGCGUGUUUUCUUGACGUCCUCGACGGAGCUUAGAGGUCUGACAUAUCAACAAUGGUUUGAGCUCUUCAUGAAGUUGUCGCUCGUCAUUUCCAAAUUGCAAAGUGCCGCAGACGGCUUAAGUAUCAUUGAAACCGCACAAGAGGUCAAUGUAUUCAUUCAAGAUAAUGCGAGAGCAAAAAUGAUGAAGUUCAUCAAGUUGGCCAUUGUACUACAGAUGGGAGACGAGGAGGAGCUUGUAGAAAGCUUACGUGGAGUUUUGAACCAGUUCCAAUUCAACAGAAAAGUGUUGCAGAACUUCAUGUUUUCUCUGGCACAAGGACAAAUGGCAUCCAACAUCCUGAGCUCGACGGUACAGCAGAAAUUCUUUUUGCGCCAGUUGAAAGCGUUUGACAGUAUACGGUACGACCAGCAUGUUGCGGGUCAGGCUUCAGUCACGAACAAGAAGGUUGUUAAUCCGGACAGACGCAAAUCUCCAUAUCUGCACUACAUCUACGCCAUGCUUCUUUAUUCAAGCAAAGGAUUUUUGUUGGCCCUGCAGUAUCUCAAUAGGCUACAGCCUGAGCUUCAGCUGGAUCCGAUGGUCAAUCUUAUGAUGGGGCUGGCCCAUUUGCAUCGCUCUAUGCAGAGACUGACAGCUUCAAGACAUAUUCAAAUCCUGCAUGGGCUGCAAUUUUUAUACCAAUAUCAUGAAAUUCGGUCUACCAAAUAUUCCGUGAUCGAGAGACAAGAAGCAGACUACAACAUCGGUCGCGCGUUUCACCUACUGGGCUUAUUUUCCAUUGCAGUGAGAUACUACAAUCAGGUUUUGGACGAUUACGACGAUAUUAAACUAAAGCGUCACGCAGCUUAUAACUGCAUUCUGAUCUAUAAUGAAAGUGGGAAUUCAGAAUUGGCCAACAGCUUAAUGGAACAAUAUCUAUCGAUUUAA